CCCGGAGGGUGUUGGCGGACAGCCCCGGGCAGCCCGCGGAGGUCUGGGGGCCGCGGCGAGUUUGCUUGGUCCUGCCCCCGAGGGGCAGAGCUGGAAGCAGCGCUUCCCGCACUCAUGGCAAAGCCAUUAGCUCAGCCUCAGUGUGGAGGGGCCCCGAGGAGGACGAACGCCUCCCCGCGCAGCGCAGAGCCCGGCUCGGCGGCGGGUACAAGAAGCAGAUAAGCAAUGUGCACUGCUCUGAGCCCGAAGGCACGUGGGCCUGGCCUCUCUGAUAUGCAUCAAUACAGUCAGUGGCUUGCAAGCAGACAUGAGGCCAACCUGUUGCCAAUGAAAGAGGAUUUGGCCCUAUGGCUCACAAACCUACUGGGUAGAGAAAUAACAGCAGAAACCUUUAUGGAGAAAUUGGAUAAUGGUGCCUUGCUUUGUCGGUUAGCUGAGACCCUGCAGGAGAAAUUCAAAGAGAACAGCUUUGAUGCAAACAAGCCUGGCAAAGUUGGACAUUGCGGUGACGGCUUUGGAAGUACUCAAAAAAGCAGCCUUGAUUUAAAAGGUGGUAGAGAAAUUUAUGAGACCUUGCCAGUACGGAAGAUUCCAUGCAAAGCCAACGCUCCUUCAGGGUCUUUUUUUGCACGGGACAACACAGCAAACUUCUUAUCCUGGUGCAGAGAUGUAGGGGUGGAUGAUACCUGCCUGUUUGAGUCAGAAGGUUUGGUUCUCCACAAGCAGCCAAGAGAAGUGUGCCUUUGUUUGUUGGAACUUGGAAGGAUUGCAGCAAGGUUUGGGGUGGAGCCUCCAGGAUUAAUAAAGCUGGAAAAAGAGAUUGAACAAGAGGAAACUCUUUCAGCCCCCCUUCCGUCUCCUUCACCAUCACCAACGAAGUCGCCUGGGAAAAAGAGCACAGGAAAACUGUUGGAUGAUGCUGUUAAACACAUUUCUGAAGAUCCACCUUGUAAAUGCCCUAAUAAGUUCUGUGUGGAGCGUCUUUCCCAAGGAAGGUACAGAGUUGGAGAGAAGAUCCUCUUUAUUAGGAUGCUGCACAACAAACACGUGAUGGUUCGUGUUGGAGGGGGCUGGGAGACCUUUGCAGGGUACUUACUGAAGCAUGACCCCUGCCGAAUGCUGCAGAUCUCCCGAGUGGAUGGCAAAACUUCUCCAAUCCAGAGCAAAUCUCCAACCCUCAGGGACAUGAAUCCAGACAAUUAUCUGGUUGUUUCUGCCCACUACAAAAGCAAGAAGGAGAUUAAGUGAAGUAAGCUUCUCUUGUUAUCAGGACUCUACAUAGGUAGGUCCCAAUUACUUUUCUCGAGUGUAGUGAAUUUAGUUUCUGCUUUAAAAAGGACUUUGGAAGAUUUAAGACAGACUGGGAAUGGCAGCCCAUUUUGAAGACCUCUUUGAAAUGCAGAACUAUUUAUUUCUAGUACUGUAUCUUUUACAGCAAAUUACCCUUGCUAGGCUAAUUACUACAAUCAGAUAAGAAACAGACAUAUAUUUUUAGCCAAAUUAUUACUCUUUAAUACCUGAAUGUAUUCCUUAGAGUUACAUAAGGGAGUGGAUCCUGUAAAGGGAAGAAAAUACACACUACAAUGUAUUUGUAUGGAAAUCCUUGACUCUUAGACUAGUUAACAAAUAUAUAUGCAGGUGGAAAAAUGACUAUCUGUGGAAAUGAUUUGGUACUGCCUCUCGACCUGAAAUAAAAGAAUUGACUAUUUUUAUGGGUGGCAAGAUUUUCUUAGCCAGCAGAAUAUAAAGACUUACUGCAUGCCAAACAACUUCCCCCAAGGGAUUACUUUAAAAGAAGCCCAAGAAAAAGACCCCUCACACCUUCAACUCUUCAAAGCUAAAGACAAUGCUCAGUGCUAGAUCUCUAUGUGUAGAGCCUUCCUGUUUUUCACCAGCUGCCCAAUAUAGAAGCAGGGGGAAGCUGAGAGGUUGCCCCUUCCUCUGCAGGACAACAGCAGUGGGGUGAGGUACUGCAGCCCACAGAGGCAACCAUAACAGGCACUCAGCCUCCUGCCCCUAGGAGGAGCUUCAGAAGAUGCUAGUCCCUCCUGAGUCACAAAACACUGCUCCCAAAUCUGAGCUUCUCCUUCCCCUUAGUUUCAGUGUUGGCUGGUCACACCAAAUGUGAACUAUUCCUUACCCUGUCAGCAGAGUGAUUCACCUGCUUGUAAAUCAUUCACACACCUCUAAAAUAGCUAAAGGCAUUUGGGGGGGGGGCUUAGUUCAUGAUUUUGGCUACUUUUCUAUGUUUAUAUUUGAUAAUUUAUGUGCCUUGUAAUGUCCUAGGAGAAGCAUUUUAUAGGGUUAUUUCACUGACUGGAUACAUUUGAGCAGAACUCAGUCUUUUCAUUAAAAAGGAAAUAAAUGUUUUUAAAACAC